AUGAAUCAGUCACAACAGCAACCACCACCACCACCACAACAACAAUCUGUGUUCGAAGUUGCUAAAGUUUUACGUAAACACGAGGCUUUAAAACAAAGAAAAGGGUUGUUCCAAAAUAAUCCAACCGAUUUCUUUCGUUAUAAAAGAUUUCUAAGAGCUUUAAACUCUAAUGAAUAUAUAAAUAAAUGUUCUAAUCAACCAGAUAUCUAUCCAUCCGUUAUUAAUUCUGAGACCCAUGAAUUCGAUGAAGACAAAGCUAAACAAAUCUUUAUUAUGUUAAUCUCUAACCAAAUCAUCCUACCUGUUAAAAAAUUACAUUCAAAUGAACUUAAAGAACAUAAUUUAAAACCAAGCAAAGAUUACCCCAACUUGAUUUCUACAGAUAAAGCAAUCUUACAGCCAAACGAAUACUAUAUCUGGAAUUAUAACCCUAAAUCUAUAUGGGAUUAUGUCAUUGUCUUUGGUAUCAUCCUAACUAUCUUAGCAUUAGUCUGUUACCCAUUGUGGCCAUUGAAAAUGCGUAGAGCUACCUAUUACAUCUCUAUUGGUGCCCUAUGGGUCAUCGUGGCUUUCUUUAUUAUUGCCAUUAUUAGAUUGGUCUUGGCUGUUUUGUCAUACCCCUUCACUAGAGGCGAAAAAAGUGUUGGUUUGUUUUGGCUAUUCCCAAAUUUCUUUGAAGAUUGUGGGAUCGUGGAUUCUUUUAGACCUUUAUAUGGGUUUGGUGAUUUGGAGACUUACAGUUACCAGAAGAAAAUGAAAAGAUUAAAGAAAAGACAGCAGAAAAAAGAAGCUUUGAAUAAGAAUAAGAAUAAAAAUAAAAAUAAAGAUGAAGAUAAUAGCAAUAAUGAUAAAGAUAAAAUUUUGGAGACAAUUAAGGAAGUUAAACAAACCUCUUCUUCUGGUGUCUCGACAAAACCAAUUUUAGAAGAUGUUCCUGAAGAUCAGAUGUGA